AUGUAUCAGCUUCACAAUCGCUUCAUUGCUACGGUUUCUAACAGAGAAGGAACUUGUGGAUUUGCAAAAUUUCCUCUAUAUCAUAGCUGGGGUAAUAAACAUAUCACCAAUACGAUGUGGAUCCGAAAAACUAUUCGUGCAAAGAUCAAGUCUUCUGUUUUAUAUGAUGUUCCAUAUGCAUUGAAACUAGGUACUUGGAGACAAUCGAAAGGGGUUGAAGAGAUGGCGAGUUGUUCGGAGGUUCUUUACUCGGGAAGUCAAUGUCUGGAUAGUCUGGGUGAUUGUCUUACAAGUGAUCAGUUUCUAUUUAUUGCUGAAAAUGAAUCCAAAACAGAGUUCGGCUCUUUUGGUUCAAGUAGAGGCCGUACGCCAGGUGAUCAUAGUUGGAACUAUCUUCGAAUCAUGCCCUCAGACAGACCACAUUGUCUUUCUAUCAUCUUUGUCACAACAGUAACAGCAAAUUCGGAUGAUCCAUCGGGUUCCUAUCAUUUUAAAGAUAUCUUCACACCUCAUCCUCUCAUUCUCAAUGCUUGGAAAUAUCUAGGCAGAAUCGAUAAUUAA